GGGCGGCGGAAGCGGAAGCAGCGAGAGGCGGCGGGGUCGGAAGUGGCGGGAGGUGACGUGUGCGGAGCGGAGCCGGUGCGGGAUGGAGGGCCUGUACCAGCAAACCAACAAGCAGGUCCAUGAGGUCCAGUCUUACAUGGGGCACCUGGAGACUUCAGACAAAGAGUCAGUGCACUUGGUAGAAAAUGAGAUUCAGGCAAGAAUAGACAACAUAUUCAGCAACUUGGAACGUCUGGAAAUCCUGUCCAGCAAAGAACCUCCCAACAAGAGGCAGAGUGCCAAACUGCGAGUGGACCAGCUGAAAUACGACGUGCAGCACCUGCAGACAGCCCUGAGGAACUUCCAGCACCGCCGGUACCUGCGGGAGCAGCAGGAGCGGCAGCGCGAGGAGCUGCUGGCCCGCACCUUCACCACCAACGACUCUGACACCACCAUCCCGAUCGACGAAACCUUGCAGUUUAAUGAAUCCCUGCAGAGUGCCCACCGAGGCAUGGAUGAGCUUAUUGGCAGUGGCACCAACAUCCUGGCGGGGCUGAGGGACCAGAGAGUCACAUUAAAGGGCACUCACAAGAAGAUCCUGGAUGUUGCCAACAUGCUGGGGCUGUCCAACACGGUGAUGCGGCUGAUCGAGAAGCGCGCCUUCCAGGACAAGUUCCUCAUGCUGGGGGGCAUGGCCGUCACCUGCCUCAUCAUGUUCCUCGUUGUGCAGUACCUGACAUGAGCUGCUGACCUCCUGCAAGAGGACUGCCUCCAGAACUGACUUUCCUCUGGGUGCUGCUUUGGAUGAGCCCUUCCCAUGGACUUCAGAGUUUACAAAUCCCACUGGGACAGUGCCACGUGGAAGGCACAUCGGGAAAUGGAUGUGUCAGGAAAUGGGACCCUGUGUUUGAGAAUGGCCCUGUGAAAAUAACCCCUGGCCUUUACUGCUCUCCCCUCAAGCCUGCAGGUUAAUAGGAAGCAGAAGUGAACACUGCCCAGCUGUAGCAAGGCAGGAAUGUCCCUUUGGGCACACAGGGAUGGGAGGAUGCAGAGGCACAGCCUAGGAUGCUGCAAGUCUUUCCUGUGCUGGCCAGCACUGGCCUGACCCCCUGCAUUUUGCAGUGCAAGAAUGGCACAGAGAAUUUCACAAUGUUUGUGGGCCGGAGUUCAGCCUGUGGGAUGAGUGUGCAGAAAGAGUUGGGAAGUGAAGGGCUCCCAUCUGCUGUUCCAUUUGCUUGGAGGAGGAGGAGGAUGUAUGGGGAAGAGUCUUAGAACACGGUUAUGACCUCAGUUAACUUCACACACAGUAUUACCCAGCACACAUCUCUCUGGUUUAGGCUGAAAUGCUGCUCUGCUCUCUGAGGGGUGUUCUGGUGCCUCUCUCUGCCCUGCUGCUUCCCAGGGGGUGCUGAGUGCCACACUCCCUCCUGCUUCCACUGGCAUGCACAUCAGGCCUGUGGCACCUCCCUGGGCCUCCUGCCAAAUCCAGCCUCCAAACGUGACCUUGCUGAUGCUGCAGCACAGAGCUUUGGGGAGCUGUGUUCAUUUCCUGAGGUGCUGGUUGGGUUUGGGGCUCUGGAGCUCAAACUUCUGAGUGGAUGGAGCAGGUGAGUCCCCCUGUACUCCCUGGAGGUGUGGGAUUGUUCAGAGCUGGAACAGGUUCUUCCCACCAGAGGAAUGGUGGGGUCAGUACAACAGGCCCUGGCACUGAACAUCAGCUUGGUCAGGAGAGUUUCCUCAAGUCUGUGCCUUGGGAUGGAGAUGUCCCCAGCCUUGGGAAGGACAUUCCUGUGCUACUCUUUGCACCUGUGGAGUUCCUGUGAAGGACACUCAGAUGUGUCACCUCCUGGGGGUGAUGCUGGCUCACACUUGUCCCCUUGGGGUCAUUCCCUGUCCCAGUGAAACGCUGGAGCUGUGAGAGCCUCAUGUCAGCCUGGCACUGCCUCCCCUGCAGCCUGGGGGUGUCUGAUGGAGGGGCCAUCCUGGCAUUUUGGGCAUCAUCCAUUUCAAUCACCCUGCAGAUUGUUCCUAUCCCCUUGUGUGGCAAGUCUGGAGCAUUCCCUGGUGUCUGACAAUGGCACAGAUGGGUCAUAUCCAGAUGAUGUGGCCUCGUGCUGACAAUUCCUCCCCUGUGUCCUGUCUGGAAUGAUUGUGGGUCUCUGGAUUAGUAACUAAUCACAAGUUCUGCAUUCUGCUGGCUGCACUGAGCUUUGCUUUCAUUAUGUGGCCUAUUGCAAACUGGGAGAAAAACUGUUAGAAGGAAUUUUAGGGAAUAUGGGCUACGAGACAGGGCCAUGCUGGUGAUCCAAGCUGGGGUGGGGCCCAGCCACACACCCAGAGUGACCAGUGGCCCCUGUUCAUGGGCUUCUCCACGUGUUGGGUACUUUUCUGCUAUUUCUCCAUGUGUUUCCUGCUCUUGGAGUUCCCCAUUUGUUCAGGUUUUCCAAGGAAAUACUGCAGCAAAGCAAGCAUGGAGCUGGUUUUCACUUGAGCCCAAGGAAGUGAGGAAUUAAAAGGAAAAGAGGAAAUCUGCAGUGAUGGAGCAUCUGUCUGGUUGUGUAACAGAAAUCAUAAAUCCAAAUUUGCCUGAAAUUUAUUUUGGAUAUGAAAUCUGAUGGAUUCAGCCCUUGAGAGGGCAGCUGAGCACUUGCAAGGGAUCUCUGGCAAAUCUCAGUUCUGAUGAACUGAUCCAGUUCCACUGGAUUUUACACUGUUGGGGUUUAAGGCUGUCACUGUCUGAAGUUUCUGUAGCUGUGACCUGGUGUAGCAGGGUUUGUCUUUCACCAAGGUGGGACUCUGGCCAAUCUCCUUCCUUUUGGGCUGUGGUAGGAGCCAUAAGAUACUUGGAACUGGAUUUUUCUUCUGUUUCUGAGCCUAGCUUGCUAUUUUAAUAGAUGUUUUCCUGUUGAUUUAUUUUGCCUUCGGAUUCUCCUUGUCCCUGCACAGGCUGAUUUCCCCUUGGUGAGCCAAGUGUCCUUGCUACCCAUGACAUCCAAAGGUGACACUUAGGGCUUGAAGGAACCACCUGGGGACAUCAGACACGUUUGUGGUGCCUGUAAAUCCAAAGAGAUUUCCAGGGGCAUCUCAGGUGAUUGUGUGAAACCCAAAAACCUCCAUGGCAGUGGGACAUGGCAGGGACAGGGGUGGUUCCUUCAAGCCCCACAUCUCCCCUUUGGCUGCAGUGGGAAAUGAGCUGGAGCCCUGGUGGGACUGUGGUCCCUGCCAAAGGAAAUGAGCUGGAGCCCUGGAGGCUUUGCUGCUGUAGCUUGGGGGUGUUUCCUUCCUCAGCAAACACCUCACUUCUGCUUCCAAACUGUGGCAUGAGUUCCAGCUCUGGGAUGAGCUGGUCUCAGGAGGGGACUCUGUGGGAAUUCACUUGCCUCUGGAAUAAAACUUUGUAUUUUACCAGUAUUUUAUACAUAAAAGAACAAGGGUGGGAGGUGAUUCAUGUGAUGUUCUGUGAAUAAAGAUUUUUUUCAACCAAAA